UCAUGAUACCGUAGAAGAUGCACCGCGAUACCCGCCGGUCGUGCAAGGACAUAGGAAUAAUAUGGAAAAGUUCCAGAAUUGUGUUAUCCUUACAAGAGUUGGAGGCUUUUAUGAGCUGUAUUUCGAGCAAGCUGAGGAGCUGGCCCCAUUGCUGAAUAUCAAGCUUGCUUCCAAGAAGACCAGCGCCGGUCCUGUUCCCAUGGCGGGUUUUCCGUUCUUCCAAUUAGAUCGCUUCCUGAAAACCCUCGUACAAGAUCUCAAUAAGUACGUUGCCAUUAGCGAGGAAUUCGCACACGGCGCGGAGGACAAAGCUCGUACAGGGGGGCUUCUCUUCGAUCGAAAGGUGGCCAGAAUCAUCACCCCGGGCACAUUAAUUGACGAGAAGUUCAUGGAUCCUGCGGAAAACAAUUUUCUCCUAGCCAUAUACAUAGAUGAACUAUCUUUGAAAGCCCAGCUAGAACAGCAACAUGAUGUCUCGUCGCAUCAACAUGUACUGUCGUCCGCCUCUCAGCCCGUAGGCUUGUCCUGGUUAGAUCUUUCCACUGGUGACUUUUUUACCCAGUCUACAACAGCGCAAAUGCUUCCUUCGGCUAUUGCAAGGAUUGGUGCUCGAGAGAUCUUGGUUGACCAGGGUAUUCAAGAUUUGAUCGGACAGGAGCUGCAACUGCUAGUUGGGCACGAUCAUCGACUGAUGACAUUCUUCCCGUUUCCCCGAGACAUCUUGCCCAUGUCUCGGUGGGAUUCGAUGCUAGAAGCACCCGUUUCUCCUAAAUCUAUUAAGUCUUUCACGGCGGAGGAAACAGCCGCUGGUUAUAGCCUCUUGGAGUAUAUCCGGGUUCAAUUACAGGGAUUAGAUCUAAAGCUUCAACCCCCUCGUCGACGGCACUUGAGCGAAUCCAUGAAUAUUGACCGCAAUAGCUUGCGAGGACUGGAAAUUCUCGAAACCGCUCGGGAUGGCUUCGGCAAAGGGAGUCUGCUUCAUGCAGUUCGUCGUACCUCCACCAAAAGCGGAGCGCGUCUCCUGAGGGACCGUUUGAGUAUGUUUCACACCCACAUUUUAUCUGCUCAUGGUUUUCGUGGUUGUACUCUAACCCCUUGUUGUCUAGGUUCUCCGUCUACUUCCUUACAGGUGAUCAACGAGCGCCUUGACCUUGUGUCGAUUUUCAUCGCCAACAGUGAGCUACGUGAUAGUGUGACACAGCUUUUGAAACGGAGCUAUGACGCUCAGCGGCUAGUCCAAAAGUUCACACUUGGACGGGGAGACCCUGAUGACCUGGUUUGUCUUUCAAGGGCUAUAGAAGCCUCGAAGGAGAUCAAGCGGGUCCUUUCCGUUACAGGCUUCGAUGUCUCCUCGUCCGCCCAAGCCAAUGAUAGCCUUGCAACUAUGACCAAUCGGCUUCAUUUGGAUGGGCCUACUAUACUCGCAGAGAAAAUAUUGGCUGCUAUUGAUGAAGAAGGACUGAUCCAAAAGCAGCGGAUUGAAGAUGACACCGCCGCAGAGGCCGCCAUCCUAGCGCAGGAAGUCACCAUGAACGAGGGUUUGCCAACUGACCUCGACGCGUUGCCGAAGAAAGUCCGAUCUAAAAGCUCUAACCGAGCUGGCACCGCUACAGAUGAGCCACCAGAUGUCGACACCUGGAUUAUGAGGCGGGAUGCAAGCCCAGCUCUACGUAAACUCCACCAAGCUUUAAGCAAACUACAGGAUGAGAAGGUCAGCUUGACCCAGCGUCUUCGUGAUUCUGUAGGGUCAUCUACUCUUACUCUCAAGUGGACCCCUGGUCUCGGUCAUAUAUGUCAUGUCAAGGGCACGAAAGUAUCCCAGCAAGCCCUUGAAGAAUUAGGAGUAACACGAAACGUCUCAACAACUAAAUCAACCAGGUCGUUCUAUCUACCUGCAUGGACUGAGCUAGGUAGUCGAACAGACCAAGUGAAACUCCAAAUUCGGCAAGAAGAGCAACUGAUCUUUGAACGCCUUCGGCGCGAGGUGAUUCUCAACCUAGUAAAGAUCCGGCGCAAUGCAGCGGUAAUGGACGAACUGGACGUUGCGUGCUCAUUUGCAGCACUAGCACAAGAGCAGCGCCUCGUUAGGCCCAUUCUGACCAAGGGAACCUCCCACAAAAUCGUUGGAGGAAGACACCCAACAGUCAAACUCGGCCUCGAAGAGCAGGGCCGACGAUUCGUCAGCAACGACUGCUUCCUAGGCGAUCAGGAACGCAUCUGGCUCAUUACGGGGCCCAACAUGGCCGGGAAGAGCACCUUCCUGCGUCAAAACGCACUGAUCACGAUACUCGCGCAGGUCGGAUCGUUUGUCCCAGCCGAAUACGCCGAGAUCGGGAUCGUAGACCAAAUCUUCAGUCGUAUCGGUGCGGCGGACGAUCUGUUCCGCGACCAGUCCACGUUCAUGGUGGAAAUGCUCGAGACAGCCGCUAUCCUGAAGCAGGCGACAUCCCGUUCCUUCGUCAUCAUGGACGAGGUUGGCCGCGGCACCACCCCCGAAGAUGGCACCGCCGUCAGCUUCGCAUGUCUACACCAUCUCCAUUAUCGCAACCGAUGCCGCACGCUGUUCGCAACUCACUUCCACGAGCUCGCAGACAUGACACACGAUUUUGACGCUCUAGGCCGGUACUGUACGGACGUCAAGGAGACCGCCUCGGGGUCCUUCUCGUUUGUCCAUCGGCUGCGCCAGGGUGUAAAUCGUGAGUCCCAUGCGUUGAAGGUGGCUCAGCUCGCAGGAUUACCAAAAGAGGCCCUCGAGAUGGCCCGAAGCGUGCGGGAUAGCGCUCGUAGCGGCCAGAAAACAUGGUCAGCAAAUGUAAAUUGGAAAGCCGAAGCAGGUUCCAAACCUCAGCCAGUGGCAUCCUAACGCAUAAGUAUGUAAUUCCGAAUAUUUAUAUACAAAGCUUUUUCCACUUCCCAAUCAUAUGUACAAUAACCAUCAACUCAUAAAAUGACCACAAAACCAACCCCACCAUCCCAGG